GGUGUACACGUUCGCUGGUCUUCAGCACACGUUUUGUUUGUAGCUGAGAAUCACAGCUGAGUAAUAUCAUACAUGGCAGGGAUACCUUGCUAAACUCACACUGUGUUUUUAUUUUCUUUGACUGUGGCACAAGAAGAAGGAGUUAAUGUGUGUAGAAAUGUUUUCUUUUUUUAGUGCAAGAAACACAAUGUGAGUAAUGUCUUACACAGCGAACGGUUUGAUGUGUACAGAGACCUUUACAACUGUUUUUGUUUUUUUUGUUUUACUGUGAUACAAAACGAAAGAGUUGAUGUUGAGACGUUUGUUUUAGAAAAUUGUUAAACGGGUUGGAAAUUUAAAAACUUGAAGUGCUGCCAGUGACUUGAAAAUAGAUUUCAACAAAAAUUACAAUUUACUUAUAUUAAGUGAUGACGAAAACGUUAAAUGAUAUUCCAAUGAUAUUAUUGGAUUAACGAUCAGCGGUGGAACUAAAUUGGAUUAAUAUGUGAAUGAGACAAUCAGCUGUUUGCCCUGUUAACAAUUAUAUCUAAGUGGAUUUUAAUCUGACUACUUGGUAUACAAGAUUUACCAUGCCUAGAGUGUAAUGUCUGAGUGGAUUUUAACGUGAAUGAUGAUAUAAUCGUUUGAUCAUCAUGGUGUGGUUUGCCUACACGGCUACGAACCCAAACAGGACAUCCGUGGGUUAUAUUUUAACAGAUGGAUUUAAAUCGUCCAGUUAUAAAUCAGAGGUUCGUUGUGGGAGUGUGUACGUUACCUCCGAUGACACUGCCCAACAGGUGACCAAUAAUAUUCUCUCGGCCACCUGUCUAGCAGAGAAGAAGAAACGGGGACAUAAAUUCACGGUGGCUGUUGGAACUACACACGGACAUGUUCAAGCGUUUUUAGCUGAUACGGAUAAUGUUUUAUCAGCGUUGGAUACCUGUAAAGUGGAUGAGAAAUGUUUAAUGUUGAUAAAACGACCCAAAAAUUCAUCAAAACAGAUGUUAAAGGCCCACAGUUGGGCGAAUCUCAGUGUUUCUGAUUCACAUUUAAAUCGUCCGUUAGACUUGGGUUUUAAUACAAAUAAACACAGUAAACAUAAGUGGCGAAGGAGAACUGAUCAACAGUCAGUUAUGUCUGAAGGGGAUAUAAUGACGAACAUGCGGGAAGGAUUCAACAAGGAAAAUAUUCAUCAACGAUAUAAUCGUCAUGGUCCUAGAGCUGUUGUACCUCCGAUGGUUAACGGCACAAACUCGCUGGAUCGUCAGGUGAUGAGUCAUCCAGACUUCAGUAAAUGCCAGGAAAUCAACAACAACAAAUUAUCCAGUAAUCGCGACGUUUAUAUGUAUCACAGUUGUUUGGAUAUAUCAACGAUGCCAACCGUUCACGAAACGGAAACGGAACAAAAUGGCCGCUUACAGAGUGACGAACUUUACGCCAGACCUGAAGUUGACCCAAACACAGAAGUCGACGUAUCUCGUGCUCAGAGUCUUGGUGAUUUAACACAAGGCUUAUCAUUAUCUGUUGCCCAGGAUAGGAAAUCGGGGAGCAUGAUGAACUUGUCGAAUGUUCCUCCACCUCGUGCCCGGAGACGCAACCGUACACCAGGGGGCUCUCAUCACGAGCGUUACAAUACGUUAGAAGUGUUUCAGGAAAUUCCAGAACAUUACACUCAAAAAAUGAAUUUAACAAGUUCUAGUGAUUACAACUAUAGUGCUUCCCGACAUACCCCUGCGGACAUUCCCCGUGAGCAGUCCCCACUCAAACAAAAAAGGAGUCUACCUCAAGUGCCUACAGUUGAAGCCAACGAACGAAUAAAACGCUUUACGGAGAUGAUGAAGUCGAGAAUGUCUGCGCAUAGCAGUAAUGGUUAUCGAACCAACUCCCAGAAUUCCAGUUAUUCGGAACAUGGACGAAGUUUAUCUUACACGGGGGACACACCCUCAGACAACGAAGUAUUUGAACUUUUACAGACAGUUCCAAUCAAAUCCAGUCCACAAAGUUUUAAAAAUAUAAAGUGCAAUUCUUCUUUAAAUAAGGAACGUGACUCAGGAAUUAAAAUAAAUUACACCGAAAAAUGUAAUACAAUCAAUCAGUCACAAAACGGUCAUCCACAAACUACCCCACUGCCAUCUGGUGACCGUAGCAGUGAUUCGGGGCAGAUAACUUUGCUAUCACACUGUAGCACGAUAGAUUCAGGAUACACAACUAACAAUGACUGUGAGUAUGAAUACGGCCAGAACUGUAAAAGUAAUUCCCAUAACAGAGUGCAACAAAACGUCCACGGACAAUAUCCAAAUUAUUCCACACCCCAAAAAUCUUACGGAAAUUAUGCCACUGUGAAAUCCCCAAAACACAGGCAACCAAUCAUCAACGGUUAUCAAAAAAAUGAGGUGACUGAAAAACCAAAGACACCAACAACUCCGCGAAAUGUUAAAAUAGAAACAUUGCCUAAUCACCAUCGAUGGAAUGAUGUUAAAAAUAGUCCACAUCAGAGACGUAGCUGGGAUACAUCAAUGGCAUUGGAUAAUUCAAAUUGUCAUGUCACCAAAGUUACGGAGAACAAUCAUCCAGUAAUGAAUGGCUAUCCGAUUCCGGAUUCGGAAAUAAAUGGAAACAGUACAAGACACGGAUUUGUUAGUAACACUUUACCGGGUCAUUGGAAAUAUCCAACCUCUCCUAUCAGUCAGAUUUCUCCACCAAUCGGGUCGCCAACUGCAAAACACCCAACGAUGUAUCAGUUAUCCCAAAGUUACGAUUUUUAUCCUAUUAGGAUCUCUCUUCCGAGUGUCGCUCUGUUGAUGGAGUCUGUGGAACUGAAAGAUACAUUGAUUGAUUUGCCUGAAAAUAGGGACAGUCUGGAUAAUUCUUCCUUUCCUCAAGGUCGUUAUGCUAGAAUUGGUGGACCUGGUAGCGCAUUUCGUCCAGUGCGGCCAGCGAGUAUAACACCAGCUAUGGGUAGAAUGGUUGUUAUGACAAAGUUAACAGAAGAUAUAUUGCGGGCAUGUAUUAUGGGUGAAUUGAAGGAAGGAGAUGUUAUGGUUGAGAUCAAUGGGCAGCCAUUAUUAGGAGCAGAUGUUCGGGUGGUGAAGAAAAAUUUAGAAGUCUGUCAAGGGGAUAUAACUCUCACUAUAGCUAGGAAGAAACUUCCUAUACAGUCAAUGACAGAGAAGAACUCUUACGAUAGUUUAUCAAAUAAAGUCAUGCUACUGGAGAAAGAGAUGAGAGUACUUCGUGUCGAGAUGAAAAAUAAAGAUUUAAAAAUAGAACAAUUAACGGACAUGUUGCCGGAACCCCCGCGAUGUAACAGUUCUCCGAUUCGCGAACAUGAGGAGAUCGGACUUCCAAACUUUGACAAUAUCGUCAUUAGUGAUGAUGAAUUUAUAGUGUGACAUAGGAAAUAUAUUAUAUAUACUGAUUGUUCAGUUAUGGAAUUUAAAUAGGAGAUAUUUUCACAAGUGAUAAACUAUGGAUAUUUAUCUCAGAAGGCAGUAGAAAUAUGGAUAAGAGAUACAUGUAUAUACAGAUUAGGGAUAACAGAUAUAUUCACCAGUCACCAGACUAGGGAUAAAUAACAUAUUCACCAGUGACAGACUAGGGAUAAGUUAUAGAUUCACCAGUCACCAGUGACAAUCUAUGGUUAACACACAUAUUCACCAGUCACCAAUGACAAUCUAUGGUUAACACACAUAUUCACCAGUCACCAAUGACAAUCUAUGGAUAACACAUAUAUUCACCAGACAGCUAGACAGAUUAGGGAUACUUCUGUGGGAAGCAAGUAGAAUAACUGGUUUCUGACAAUAUUGUAGUCAUUGUUGAUAAAUUUGUGCCGUGCCGUGGGAAAACAUUUGUUAAUAUCAACUUACAGGUGAUGAGGAUUUAUCAGGAUUGUAAACUGAUGUUUUCAAUCAGUGAAACUGUUUAGCACAAUAUAAGAUCUGAAAGUUGUUUUUUUCUCAGACUUCCUGAUGUUAAAAUAACCCAAUUCUUUCUAGACUGCUCGAUAUCAUUUGAUAGCGGUUGUUUAAUGCCAAAAUCAAACCGAAAAUUAUGUUUCUAGGUUGCCAGAUUUCAUUUGAUAGUGGUUGUGUAAUGCCAAAAUUAAACUGAAAAUUAUGUUUUUUUCACUUUUGUAUGAAAUAAAAUUGUCAUACAGAAACUGUUGCAAAAUCCUUCAGGACUUUUAAACUUUUUCACGGGUGAUUGCCAUUAUUUUUUUUUAGAAUGAAUGAUUUAAGUUGCUGAUAGAAUUUCAUUGUGGUAGAAGUCUCUGUUUGUAUCAUGUGCAUUUUUCAGAAUAUAUCAAAUUUUCUACAGUUUAAUCCAUGCUAAAAUGUACUAAAUUUGAUUAUUAAACAAGGCUAAUUCAAAGAGUUUAGUGAAAACCAUAGAUGGUGCUAGGUUGUGAUGACUAUAUCCUACUAACAUCAUCUGUAUAGUGGAUGCCGAAUGUUCACAAAUAUUCAGUUGAUCAUAUCUUUGUAAUUACUGAUGUAUUUAUUUAAGUCACAUAGAUCUUCGCAUGGUACAAAAAAUCAAAUAUAUGAGUAAAAUACUAGUUUUUCAAGGCCCAUUAAACAACAUUCAAACUAAUACAGUAAAUAUUUUAGGAAAUUACUAAGUUCCCAAGGACCAUUUAAAAAAUGACAAUAACACAAAGAAAUUGGACAACCUGCUGGCCUUUUAAUGGUAAUGUAACUUUAUUGGCUAAGCAAAAUGUAUAUUUUAAUAAGCUGUUAUUUAAUGAACAAGAAAUCAUGUUAAGUAUUUUUACCAUUAUAUGUUCCCCUGCAUGAUUUUUUAAAAAAAUCACCUAGGUAACUUAGCUGUUGGGGAAUUGUUUUUCAGCCGUUGGGCAUUUGUCCCACCCUACUACUUACAAUACUAUAUAAUGCCCUGAAUAUAGGUUGAAGAUAUUUGUUCAUGUACUUGUAGAAAUCUAAGUGUUUUGUUAUACAACAUUUACAUUAUAGACAAUAUUAAAUAUUUGUAAAAUAUACAAAAUGAUAAAUGAAUGUGCAUUUAUCCAGUUUAUGACUUUGAUGGUAUUAAAUAUUUACACCAGA